AUGGAUGAUCCAGAGAAAAAGGAAGAUGUCUUCCGCAGAGAUAGCGAUAUUGUCGCGAUCUCUGAUACCUAUACCGCUGAAGAAGAAAAGGCAGUGUUGCGCAAAAUCGAUAUGGUUAUCUUGCCUUUCAUGUGCUUUGUGUUCUUCCUACAGUAUCUUGAUAAGCAGAGCUUGAGCUAUGCGGCGGUUUUUGGCCUGAUUGAUGAUCUGAAUUUAACCAAUUCACAAUAUUCAUGGUCUAGUUCAAUUUUUUACGUGGGCCAACUGGUCUCCGAAUACCCCUUCAUCUAUCUAAUGAGCCGACUCCCACUUACAAAAUUUGUCGGCGCGACCGUUAUUAUAUGGGGAGCUAUCUGCAUGUGCCUAGCGGCACCGACCAAUUUCGCUGGUUUUGCCACAGUUCGCUUUCUUCUUGGAUUCAGUGAAGGUGCUGUGUCCCCCGCUUUCGUUACGAUCACCGGUAUCUGGUACCGCAAAAAGGAACACACAGUGCGAACUGCUCUUUGGAUCACCAUGAACGGAUUAGCUCAGGUCAUUGGAUGCCUUCUCAUGUACGGCAUUGGGAAAAAUACCUCCCUCACAAUCGCCCCUUGGCGAGUGCUCUUCCUCAUCUGCGGCGCGCUUACAGUCGUCGCUGGUAUCGGCUUUUUCUUAUUGAUGCCCAGUGGCCCCAAGGAUGCCUGGUUUCUCACUGCACGUGAAAAGAAAGUGCUAUCUCUGCGUAUGGCUGAGGAUCGCGAGGGUGGAGACAAAACCUCAUUCUCAAUCCCCCAGCUCAAAGAGACGAUGCUGGACCCCAAGGCUUGGGUAGUUUUCUGGUUUGGCGUCCUGGUAACGAUGCAGUCCCCUGUCCUGACAUUUGCAUCUCUUGUCAUUCAAUCGAUCGGCUAUACCAAGCUGGAAACUAUGCUAUACACUGCUCCUUCGGGGGCAGUACAAGUGUGCUUGUUGUGGAUUGGAACCGCUCUAGUUUACUGGUUCCCACUCCAAAGAAACUUGGUAGUUCUUCUUUUGAUUAUCCCGCCAUUCAUCGGGACCAUAUUCUUGAUGAAACUUGAAGUGGCUGCUGGGUGGGGUCUCAUUGUAGCUGCUUGGAUGUCAUCUUGCAUAACUGCUUGCAUGUCCAUACUUCUAUCUUUGUCGGCAUCUAAUGUAAAGGGAAACACAAAACGCGCAAUCGUCAAUACCAUGUUCUUCAUUGGAUACUGCGCGGGUUGCAUCGGCUCACCACAGUUGUGGACUCAAAAGCCACGCUACACGGAGGGCGUCAUUACUUCCAUUGUGACAUGGUGUCUUCUCUUCAUAACAGUUAUCAUAUAUCGCUUCCUAUGUGCAUCUGAUAACAAAAAACGUGAUUCGGAGAUGAGCUCGCAUGCUGAUGCAGCUGGUCUGGAAUUCCAACUUGAUGGGAACGGGCUACCGAGAGACGACUUGACUGAUAAGGAGGACAGAGAAUUUCGGUAUGCAUUGUAA